AAAUUUGGCCAUGGGAAUUGGCAUACAAAAUUUUCCGGAAGGAUUGGCUGUCAGCUUACCCUUGCAAGCAGCCGGAUGUUCGAAAUGGAAAAGUUUUUGGUAUGGACAACUUAGCGGCAUGGUGGAGCCGAUUGCUGGACUCGUGGGCAUAUUCGCCGUUUCGUUUAUCAAGCCGCUGUUGCCUUACGCCCUGGCGUUCGCCGCGGGUGCGAUGAUUUACGUGGUCGUUAACGACAUCAUACCGGAGUCAAAUUCCAGUGGCAACGGGAAGCUGGCCAGUUGGUGUUGUAUCGUGGGAUUCGUCGUGAUGAUGUCAUUGGACGUGGGACUCGGUUGACUUCAUUAGGUAUUACCCGUCAUUUUUUUCCUACACUGACCCAUAUUAUUAUUAAUUUUUUUUUUUUGAUUCACCUAUCCUAUAUUUAAUGCAAUUUAUUUAUAGACUUUAAUUUAGUUGUAUGUGCUAAUCAAUGCAUGUUUAAAAUAUAAAAUAUUUUUAUUUAUUUA